UAAUGCUUCCAAUUCAGCAUCUUCGAAAAUCUUCUCCCUUCCACCACCAUGCCGGUCUUCGACAUCAUAAUCACCAUACUUAAAACGUUGAAACCAUUCGCGACAUGUUCUUUCACUUAGGACAGCCUCACCGUACGUAUCCGAAAGCAUUCGAUGAGCCUCGACCGCACUUUUCUUGGAAUUAAAAAAGAAAAGCAAAACUUCUCGCAAAUGUCGAGUAUUCGGCUCAAAAAGUGACAUUUUCAGUUGAGAAUAAAUUUUGGAUGCAAACAGAUCUCUACAAAUACAAGUUAACUUCGGCUGCACUGAAGUUGUAAUACCCUUAGAGUUGCAUAGCAUAAAAGGAUGAUCUUUUCUUGGUUUUGCACGGGAAGAAAUAUACUCAUAAAUUAGAUAAAAUAAUUUGCAUAUGAAAAUAAAUACUAAUAAACCUAAUAUUUUUUAAGCAAAGAUGCUAGCGCGUAAACCAACCAAGGACAAAUUCAAAUCUAUAUCAAGCUAAUUUAAUAUAAAAAAACUAUUUAUAAAUGCAAAGUGUUUUUCAUAGACUAAAGAAUAAUAGUGUUAAAUUAAUAUUGUGAAAAUGCCAAUCUUAGUGCAAAUUGCCAAGCAAAUGAUAACCUAAAUAACGGCCGAAAUGAAUUUACUAGCGCCCGCCUUGAACAUAACCACCGAACUCCCCACCAUCCACACAAAUGCUAGCAGCUAUGCUUUCACCAAUAAUUUACUCGCUGAAAGCUUCAACAACAGCAAUGCGUUUCUUGAUGAACAUUACGCUAACGGUACAGACGUUGGCUUUUUCGAUGGCUUCGUGAAUAACGGCAGUGAGAGUGCUUUCAACGAGUUAAUCGCCAAUCUAAGCACAAUUGCAUACGACUUUGGCAAACAAUUAGUAAGCACAGUAAUCGAUGCAAAUGCCGAAGCUACAACGCCCGCCGUCAGCACAACACUCAUCCCACCGUCAGCAGCGGUGUCGGCAGCGACGAUGCCCGCUAGUGCUGCCAGUUCUGCCAAUAGUAAUAAUGUGGACUACCACAAUGUGUCAUUAUCGCUGAACAACUGGUGGCUUAACACCACAAAUUCAACGACACUAACCACCAGCGAUGAAGGGAUGCGGAGAGAAGGCGACGUGCUCAAUUUCGCCACAACUACGGCUAGAGCGAAUGCGCGGAAUACGAGUACUGAUGCUAAUAGUUGGGUGACAAACGCACAAAAUAUUUACAGCAACUACGACGACGAAGAAUUAGACCCAUGCCAUCCAAACAAUUCGAAAUUCAACUGCACACAGACUGAUUUUGUGAAAUUCCUGCUUGGACCACAGACGCUGCCGCUCUAUAAGGCGUUGCUGAUUACAAUAAUUUUCGGUGGAAUAUUCAUAACCGGCAUGCUGGGCAAUAUUCUGGUGUGUGUGGUUAUUAUACGCCAUCCAACAAUGCACACGGCAACGAACUACUACUUAUUCAGCCUGGCAGUCUCGGAUUUAAUAUACCUGCUCUUUGGCUUGCCCGCGGAAAUAUUCCUCUACUGGCACCAAUACCCCUACCUAUUUGGACUACCCUUCUGCAAGAUACGCGCAUUCAUCUCAGAAGCCUCGACGUACGUCUCCGUACUCACAAUCGUCGCCUUCUCCAUGGAGCGCUUUCUCGCCAUUUGCCACCCCCUGCAUUUGACCGCGAUGAGCGGCUUUAAGCGCGCAGUUCGCAUUAUAGCCGCGCUUUGGAUUCUCAGCUUGUUGGGUGCCAUACCCUUCGGUCUGCUCACGGAUAUUCAAUACUUGAAUUAUCCCUUAACUGAGACGACAAUACCGGAGUCCGCGUUCUGCAGCAUGUCGCAUUACCCUGAAGAGUUUCCACUGUUCGAGAUCUCGUUUUGCUUCUUCUUCGUCAUACCGAUGCUGCUGAUAAUCAUCUUGUAUGGCAAGAUGGGCGCACAGAUACGUUUCAGCACGACACUGCAGUUGGGCGUUCAACAGGGCUCGAUGCACCGGGAAUCUCGACAUCAGCAGUCACGCAAAGCUGUAAUACGGAUGUUGGCCGCCGUUGUAGUGACCUUUUUCAUUUGCUGGCUGCCAUUCCACAUGCAGCGCUUAUGGUUCCUCUAUGCCAAAGAACAAAACAAUUUCCAAGAGAUAAACGAGUGGAUGUUCUCCAUCGCCGGUUUCACGUACUAUGUGUCGUGCACCAUCAACCCGAUUUUAUAUAACGUGAUGUCGCACCGGUACCGGGUUGCCUUCAAGGAUAUACUGUGGGGCAAGCGGCGGAGCGUGUACUACAACAAUGGCUUUGCUAGAGAUCAGUCCAGCUUUCGAGAGACGAUCGCUUCCAGUUUGGGUGGCAAUAACAGCACAUACGAUCGCGUACAUUCGGUAAGAGUGCGUUCAAUGCGGCAUACCAAUAACUAUAGAGACCGCAACUCUAUCAAGACAAAAAAUGUACUAUGGACAAAGGAUAUAGACUACACCGUGCCGCUUAAAAAGUUGAUUAACCAGUGCUGUUCUUCUCCGAGUUCUUUGGCCAACCCACCGCAGUUGACGUUUUCAUGAAGAAAUAUACGGACCUUAUAUUGUUUGUUGUUCAUAACAACGAGAAAAAUUGACUUGGGAUUGACAAUGAACAAAGUGAUUCACAAAACAAACAACUUGGACAAUGUUGGUAAGUUUCGAGAACUUGAGAGCAUAUAUACAAAGAAUUACAUACAGAGCACUG